CAAGGGAGAGGCGGGACGAUAUUAAAAAUCAAUCAACCGCCCUUAGCUCAGGUAGCUACAGAGGAGAGCCGCUCUCCCUACAGGCGAUGCAGGAGCUUGCCAGGGUGAUGCACGCGGAGGGCUGUGGGGCGUCUAGCUCCCCUUUGGAUGGGGAGGCAUGAGGUAGGGUGGGCGGGGGACUCCAUAUCCCAGCAUGCCCCGCGCCGGGCCCUACCGGCCGCGACUCCGGGCUCGGCCCCGGCCCUAGCUCAUCUGCGGUGUGCCGGGGCGCGUGGAGGCAGCAGUCACGGUGGCGCCCGCGGGGACGGAGGAGGGAAUGAGUGAAGAGGAGCAGGGCUCCGGCACUACCACGGGCUGCGGGCUGCCCAGUAUAGAGCAAAUGCUGGCCGCCAACCCGGGCAAGACCCCGAUCAGCCUUCUGCAGGAGUAUGGGACCAGAAUAGGGAAGACGCCCGUGUACGACCUUCUCAAAGCCGAGGGCCAAGCCCACCAGCCUAAUUUCACCUUCCGGGUCACCGUUGGCAACACCAGCUGCACUGGCCAGGGCCCCAGCAAGAAGGCAGCCAAGCACAAGGCAGCUGAGGCAGCCCUCAAACACCUCAAAGGGGGGAGCAUGCUGGAGCCGGUCCUGGAGGACAGCAGUUCUUUUUCUCCCCUAGACUCUUUGCUGCCUGAAGACAGUCCGGUCUGUACUGCUGCAGUGGCUGCUGUCCCGGUUCUGCCUGCUGUCCCAACCAGGAGCCCCCCCAUGGAGGUGCAGCCCCCUGUCUCCCCUCAGCAGUCCGAGUGCAACCCUGUUGGUGCUCUGCAGGAGCUGGUGGUGCAGAAAGGCUGGCGGCUGCCUGAGUACACCGUGACCCAGGAGUCCGGGCCAGCCCACCGCAAAGAGUUUACCAUGACCUGCCGGGUGGAGCGUUUCAUUGAAAUUGGCAGCGGCACUUCCAAAAAACUGGCAAAACGUAACGCAGCAGCCAAAAUGCUGCUGCGGGUGCACACGGUGCCUCUGGAUGCCCGGGAUGGGAAUGAGGCGGAGCCUGAGGACGACCACUUCUCCAUUGGCGCAGGCUCCCGCCUGGAUGGACUGCGGACCCGGGGCCCAGGCUGCACCUGGGAUUCGCUGCGGAAUUCCGUGGGGGAGAAGCUCCUGUCCCUGCGCAGCUGCUCCCCGAGUGCCCUGGGUGCCCUGGGCCCUGCCUGCUGCCACGUCCUCACAGAGCUCUCCGAGGAGCAGGCCUUCCACGUCAGCUACCUGGAUGUGGAGGAGUUAAGCCUGAGCGGGCUCUGCCAGUGCCUGGUAGAGCUGUCCACACAGCCGGCCACUGUGUGUCAUGGCUCUGCCACCACCCGGGAGGCUGCCCGGGGCGAGGCCGCUCGCCGGGCCCUGCAGUAUCUCAAGAUCAUGGCGGGCAGCAAGUGAAGCCCCAGCUGGACUCACAGGCGGAUACCCUUUGCCCCACUCUGCACUUCCUGCCCUCUGGCCGGCCCAUCUGUUCCCCACUCUGGCGCCCUCAGGAGGUGCCCUCUCUACCUCUGACACUGCCUGCCUGCCCUGAGGCUGAGGAGGGCACAGGGCAAGGAACCAGCGCCUGUCACAGGGCUGAGCCUGCCUGUGAACCAUCCUCAUUUCACUGGUGGUGAUGACAACGUGGAUAGGAAAUUGGGGUGCUCCUUUGGAGCCCAUAAUAAACAUGCUGCUGCCUUGAUUCUUAA